UGCACUCAGUCGACAGAACAGUCUUCCACUUGUUAAGUCAUGCUAACUGGAUCUUGGACUCAUUGCUCAGCUAUGCAAUAGAUGGAGGAUUAACCAAGCACCACAGCAAGGAUCUGGAGUUUUGCUGUUUCUUUAUUCACCUGGCUAACAGAGAGAAACCAUAUCCUCCCUCUUUGAUUCUUUUAAACAAGUUUUUCUUGUUCUUCCUUUCUAUUCCUAUUCUUCUGUAGCCACUCUCCACUAUGACCAUGUUAUCAGAGGACCAGUCUUCAAGGGCCCAACCCUGCAUGCUCUCAGAACCGGGAAAACACAUCACCACGUCUUUGCAACAGUACACAAUAGACCACCCUGGCUCAGCAGAGGACUACAUGAACAGCGGAGAGAGUGCUGUUUUUGGAGUUGCGGAGCCCCCCAGACGCUCUCGGGGUCGUCUUAUUCUGCACAGCCUCGUGAUGUUUGGUCGAGAGUUUGGCUACGCUGUCGAGGCAGCCUUUGUGACACCAGUGCUGCUAAGCGUGGGCCUGCCUCGCAGUCUGUACAGCCUGGUGUGGUUGAUCAGCCCCAUCCUGGGGUUCCUACUGCAACCUAUUAUCGGAUCGGCCAGCGACUACUGUCGCUCCCCUUGGGGAAGGCGGAGGCCUUACAUCCUGGUCCUUGGCAUCAUGAUGCUAAUAGGGAUGAGCAUGUUCCUCAAUGGAGAUGCUUUCAUCUCAGCACUAGUGAGCGACAGGUCAUUGAAGAGCGUCUGGGCCAUUGUCGUGGUGAUGUUCGGGGUCGUGCUGUUUGACUUCGCUGCAGAUUUCAUCGACGGGCCCAUAAAGGCCUACCUGUUUGACGUGUGCUCUCAUUCAGACAAGGAGAGAGGCCUGCACUAUCACGCUCUGUUCACAGGACUGGGUGGAGCUUGUGGGUACUUGGUGGGAGCUAUGGACUGGGGCCACUCUGUGCUAGGUCGACUCUUGGGCUCUGAGUACCAAGUCAUCUACUUCUUCUCGGCACUCACCUGGGGCUUCUUCCUCACCGUGCACCUUUUUAGCAUUCCAGAGAAACCUCUGUGCAAGGACCCAUCAGUGUCUGACUCCUCAUCUCCCAGUGCACUCCACUUACUGGGAUCCCACACCAAUGGUUAUGGAGCACUCAGUAAGGAGCCCAGCUCUCCUACCAUUCCCACAUCCAUCUCAGACCUCAGGACAAGAUCUUAUUCAGCUCUGGGCGAAAGGCCAAGAUCUUUCUCUGCUCUAGGAGAAGCUAAUGCAAUGACAUCCAGUGCCAAGCAGCCAAACAAGGAGCAGAAGAAGAUGACAUUCAGGUCCCUGAUGAAAGCUAUCAUCAACAUGCCGAACCACUACCGCUGUUUGUGCGUCAGUCACCUGCUGGGAUGGGCAGCUUUUCUCUGCAACAUGCUGUUCUUUACUGACUUCAUGGGACAGAUUGUUUAUAAAGGAAAUCCCUAUGCGGAUCACAACUCUACAGCCUAUGCCACAUAUGAGAGAGGUGUAGAAGUUGGCUGCUGGGGACUGUGUAUUAAUGCGGUGUCUUCUGCUCUUUAUUCAUAUGUUCAGCGCUUCCUGCUCCCAUACAUUGGCCUGAAAGGAUUGUACUUCAUGGGCUACUUUGUGUUUGGCAUGGGAACAAGUCUAAUUGGCCUUGUCCCGAAUGUCAUAGCCACGCUCAUUCUCUGCAGUGUGUUCGGCGUCAUGUCCAGCACGCUCUACACAAUCCCAUUCAACCUGAUAGCAGAAUACCAGCGUGAAGAGGAGGAACAACUAAAGCUGCAAGGCAGCAAAAAAAGCCCUCGAGGCACCGGCAUGGACUGUGCGGCACUCACCUGUAUGGUCCAGCUGGCUCAGAUCAUUGUGGGAGCGGGGCUCGGAGGUCUGGUCAACGCGGCUGGAAGCGUAAUUGUGGUGGUCCUUUCAGCCUCGGCUAUGUCUUUGAUAGGCUGCAUCUUCAUUGCUCUCUUUAUCAGAUAUGUGGAAUAAUACUGCUUUAAAAUACAUUUAGUGUUGCUGUUUUAAUAAAUAAAUAAAGCCUA